GUGGAGAUCUUGCCGCCUCAUUUUUGUUCCUCAAGCCGUUUGUCACUUCAGCAGAAGAUUAGGUUGAUUAAGUCCUCCAGUAGCGAUGGCGAUUCUUUCCAAAUCCAUCAUAUCCCAAGGCAUCAUUUCACUCAGCUGUGAACGAUGAAAGGCGGUCUUUCUGCUUUGCUGUUGCUGAAAAUCCUUGUUGCUGGGGCAGAAGCACAAGGACCGUCACAAGGAUUUGUAUGGAUCAGUCAGGGUGCGGGACUGCCCCCUCCUUGGAUUGCAGCAAUUCCAGCAAUUCCAGCUGGAGAUGCGUGGCUCGUUUGGGGAAGUUUCAGCCUUUGUGAGCGCACUCUGAAUUUGCCACGCUUCCGCCAUGUGUGCCUGCCACAAGUCCAGUGGUUUUUGGGUGGUGCUGUUGCGGGCAACAUGACUUACACACCUGGCAGAAAUUUGCUGUAUCGCCAUGCCCUCGAGUUUGAGGAAGAGCGAGGAAUCCCGUUUUGGUACUUUGUUUUUGCGGAUGACAGCGGUGAGUUCAGGUUCAAUCGUUGCUCGACCUCGGCAUGCGGGAAUAUGGAGAUCCUACCAGCACCAUCAGAAUCAGCUGUCAGCUUCUUUCAUCGCUUGCUGCUGGAAGACACACCAGCAGUGGCAACUCCGCUCAACGACAUUGAUGACUCUGACUGUUUGAGCCCCAUUGAAAUGCGUGUAUGUACAUCAUCAAUAGAUCACAAAGUGAUUGCAUUUCACUGGUCUGUUCAUGCAAUGCUCCUACCAUAUGAGGAAGGUUUUGAGCGUAUAUCUCUGUUUGCAUCUCAAUGCAUUGUCAAUGAAGUGAUCGAUGCAGUCCUUCCUGGACACUCUGUCCGUUAUCGCAUGUUUCAACGGCCACCGACCUCGAGCUCAAGCUUUCCCGUGAUGAGACCACACUACAUCCGCAACUUGGAGCCAUGUUUGCCCCAGCUCCUUUCCAACAGGUCCAACAGGUCCUACGCAGAUAGCUCAGUUGUGAAAUGGCUCCGACCACAACUGCAGGAGUGUGCUGCUUCAAAACUGGGAGCUUCCCACAUGCUCCAAGCAGGGUGUCAAUUUGGAAUCAGACCAAAUGAACGUUGCAUCCUCCAUAAGUCCGACUACCGCACAUUGGAUUGCUUGCCAUGGGCAAGUGCAGAGACUUGCGGCUUUCCAGCUCAAGGAGAGUCGAGACAGCCAAGAGAUUCCGGCAUUUAUCACGUGAUGCGCCUAAGUAGAUCUUUCGGCGCUGGCUCAUCAAUUCGACUCCAGGAAGAAAUGCGCCAAUCAGAGAGUCGGUGCGAAGCUUUCAAAGACUACAACUGUGCAAAAGAACUUCUAUGCUCUCUGGGUAUGAAGAACUUCACAGAACUUCGAGCAUCUCUUGAGUCUCCAUCGAGGGAACUGAGUGACGCAUGGAGCUCUGUGGAUGAUGAGCUUAAAUCUUUGCUGUGGGAGAAACGAGAGCAAGUUGAUCACAACUGCGAUGUGUGUACAUCUUUGCUUCUUGGAGCUUUUGUUCCAGAAGACUUCUUGGAGAAGCAUUUUCGGGCAUACACGGAAAUGGGUCUGACAGAACAGAUCUUCUGGAACUGGUGGUGGUGUGUGGUGGCAUUUUUGCAUCAAUCUUCCAUUCUGCUUUUCGAAAUGGGCUCGGUUGCACCCUUUGAAAUGCUGGUAUUCCUAACAGAAAGAUCACUUCCUGUUGUGCAGAGGCCCAGUGCUAGCCCAGCACAUACAGCAGAUGCUCUCUCACAACUUGCAGCAUCUGAGAGACCCUUCCUGAAUGCAGACCCCUCGUCAGAGUGCUAUUUGGGUCUUUCUGUUCAGCAUCUCAUUGGUGCUACGCGCGAUGAAGUGUGGCGACAGGGCCACGCUUUUGCAGCCCAGCAUUAUUUGGCACAUUGUGGCCUUUUGGAAUUGGCCAGUCCUAUCACGGCAUAUUUUUGGUAUCUCUUCGCAGCUGUCGGGCGGAAUUGCAGCUGCUCUCCUCCAGUACCUCCACCAUGUGGACAUCGAUUGAGACAAGUGCGACGCUUUCGAGCGAUGAAACCCCAGAAGUUUGCUUCACUUGUGCUCCGGCCAAGACCGGGGCAUGGAAUUUUGCAAGACUUGGCCUUUUGACGGAAAAA